AUGAACGACUCGUCGAAUUACCGGUCUUCGGGCUCCGGCCGGGAAAAUAUGAACAUGGAGCUCCGCGUUGGUACAUUUUCAUACUUGCUUGGUGCGCAGUGAAAAUAAACUACACGAUGCUAGAUGGUGGAUUGCUACGAGAAAUAUUUAUCAGGAGAAUGAUCAGCAUGAAGAUGACAUGGACGUCCUGGCUGGUGUCUUUGUUUUAGAAGUGCGGGUCGUAGAACUCAUGAUAUCGAGAUCCGGAUGAAAACGAGUAUGCCUCUCACACGAUUCGUGUGCCUCGCCAUGCCAUGAGCUUCGUUCUUUGCGCAACAAAAAAAUAAAAACCAUGAUUUUUGUGUAUUCCACGUCAACAGGUAACAAGUACAGACUGCGGCACAAAAUUGGCUCCGGGAGUUUCGGAGACAUUUACCUUGGGGCAGACAUCCAAACGGGCGAGGAAGUUGCUAUCAAGUUGGAAAGCAUCAAGUCGCGGCACCCACAGCUUCUGUACGAAAGCAAGUUGUACAAAAUUAUGUCCGGCGGCGUCGGCAUACCAAACUUGCACUGGUAUUCGAAUCUUUCAGAAAGCAACUGCUCGUGCUCGUGCAUGAUGAGCCUGUUGUUUGAUUAUUGUCAUGAUGUUGCUGAUGCAUGAUGCGUGGUACAAGUUAUUUACUUCGCGUUGAGGUAGGGACAACAAAAACAAAUAGAAACAACAAUGACCACGCCAUCGACGUGUUGCCUAUAUGCAACAAAUAGUCAGAAAAAUACGAAUAGACGGCCAAGAGGUGGCGUGAUUUUUUUCUCGUCUUUUUGAUAAAGUUAUAAUUUUAUCGCCUCGACGACGAACUCGAUGUCGAUCUCGAUGAUGCAUAGCUGCAUAUCGCUCACAGGAAAGGUGAUACUUCAACACCUACUUGCACUUCAUUCAACUUCAGGUACGGCGUGGAAGGCGAUUACAAUGUGAUGGUGAUCGACCUGCUAGGGCCCAGCUUGGAAGAUUUGUUUUCCUUCUGUGGGCGGAAGUUCUCGCUGAAAACAGUGGUAAGAAAGUAGCUGAUUUUUUUCAAGAUGGACGACCUCGCCUCGAUCUCGUGUCACUGGUAUCUGCUUCUCGUGUCGCCACCGCAUACCUAUUUGCCUCUCUGUGUGAAUGAGAAUGCUCCUAUACACACGACGGCUAUUAUUUUGUAUGCAUCCAUAAGCAGUAGUAGACAUGUAGACAGUGACAGCACAGCUCCUCAAGGAGCUUAAGUGCACGCCGUGCGGAGUUGUGGAAGGCAGACCUUUUUCAAUAAAGCGGAGCAAGUAGAUAAAAACGGACGAAAACUGUAGGUAAUGCUUGCGGACCAGAUGAUCAAUCGGGUAGAGUACAUGCACACGAAGAACUUUCUGCACCGUGAUAUCAAGCCGGACAACUUUCUUAUCGGAUUGGGUACUGCUAUCGCUACUUGGACAUACUUUGUUUGGUUUUCUUCUACCCAUUUGCAUUUUGUUUUGGUACCUGGUCCGGCUGAACGAGUCACGACACCUUUUACAUUGUAAAUGUGAGGCCGAGUUUGCAAGUGUGUGACAGCAAACGAAUAACGCCAAUUCGAUUUCAAACGACAGGUAAAAAAGCAAACAUGGUGCACAUCAUCGACUUUGGACUCGCAAAAAAGUACCGAGACCCAAAGAGCCAGCAGCACAUCCCCUACAGAGAAAACAAAAACCUGACCGGAACGGCACGAUACGCUUCGAUCAAUACACACUUGGGCAUCGAACAAUCACGACGAGAUGACUUAGAGGCUGUUGGAUACGUGCUGAUGUACUUCAACCGAGGGAGCCUACCGUGGCAAGGUACAGAAAGUUUUCCAGGAAGUUUGUUGCCUCUAUUUUUUGACACAUGACAACAGGGUGGAUCGUGGUCCUCGUGCAGCUUCUGCUUGCCCUUGAUCUAGAUCUAUGACUUUGUAGCUAUACCGUUCUGGCUGCUGGGCUCACUCUCGGUACCUGGCCAUCGAUGAUUUUUCUCGCACUCCUCGUCCUCGCAAAUGGAAAGCACGAAUGGACGAAGAAAAACGUAUUAGUUGAUGAACUACACCAGAAGUCACGAUUCAUUGAGCAGUAGGCAUGAACAAAAAAACUCAAAACAUUCGCGCAGGGCUGCGUGCUGUAGGGAAGAAAGAAAAGUACGAAAAGAUUAUGGAGAAAAAAAUGGCAACACCAAUCGAGACGCUGUGCAAGCACUUCCCGUCGGAGUUCAUUACCUACCUCGGCUACUGCCGCGGACUCCGCUUCGAAGAUCGACCAGACUAUGCCUACCUGCGGCGAUUGAUGAAAGGUAAGUAUACAACAUGGAGUUGCAAAAGUCAAGACUUUCAUGCAGUGCGUGUUGUCGGUGUGCUUGCCGUUUUUUUGUGUCUCACAUCCUAAUCCGAGGGAUAAUUUAUUGUGGCAUCAUCGCAAACCUAGCCUGAACCACAGCAACGGAUGUUAGUUUAGGUUUUAGUUUACUUCGCUAUGCUUAUUGUUGUACUUCUCUCCCACUGUUUAUCCCCGUCCAAUCAGUAUUGCAUCAUAAUUCAACUCCUCAAUCACAAAACCCAGAUCUCUUUUGCCGGGAGCAGAUUCAGUACGAUUUCAUUUUCGACUGGACCGUUUUGAAUUACCGGACGCAGCAGCAAAACAAUGGACAAACGCCAGGAGACACGCAGAACCAGGCCAGCGGUGCCGGCGCCCAACAGUAAAAAGCUUGCUGAAGAUAAAAAGAUGGAAGAUGGUGCUGACACCAGUCACUGCCCGACUUUUUUCCGCACUCAGAGAUGAAGAUACAACAAGUUGGGGGAUGACCGACGCCAUGAUAGAGCGCCCCAGGAGCCUGCUUGUAGAACAAACGAUUAGCUAGAAGACGAAGAUCUCCUAGAGCUAGAGGGGAUCUCUUCAGCAUAAUUCUUCUGUUCGGAAUCCUCCAGUUGAGGCCAACGCGUCACGACCUUCAUCUCUACUCAACAUCUACGACAAAGAAAUAGCUGAAGCGUCAUCAUGACGUCGUGCUUGAUGAUGCAUCAGAUGUAGAUGUUGCAGCUUCAAUCUUCUUAACGGUGCGCGAAAAGAGCUCUGCGCCACUUCUUUUUUCUUUUUUACCCUUAACUAUUUCAUAACACCAAGUAUUUUAUAAACGUAUAUACUCACAAAGGACAGCUCAGAUUAUUUCUUAACAAGUAUACCGAUAAUCAAGCUCAAGCCCAUUUUUCAUUUCAUACUAAUACUAUAUCAGGGCCAAGAAAAUAAGGUAAGCGUAUUGAAUUUAUGAAUGCCACGAAGGAAUAAAGAACCUCUACUCCGACGAAAUUAUCAUUCCCCGAAGUAAAAUUGCUACCACUUCCUAGUGUGCUCGCGCAUUGUGACACUCGCAGCAGCGUCAGCGCCUUGCCAGCAAUCUUCCUCUAAACAGGAAAAUCGACAAGAUGAAAAAUUGGUGAUACAACUGGCCACAAGGACUCGCUCCGUGCUCUAUUUUUUUUUUUUUGAAAGGAACCACCCCAUCACGAAGAUUUAAGUUUUUUAGUUGUUAACUGACACAGAGUACAACGUAGUCAACGUCUGAUUUGUUGUCUACGUUGUAGGCGUGUGCCAGUCCCCCGGAAGGUCUAUCUGUUCUUGCAAAUCGGCACCAGCAGUAAUAGGCGUGGCACACCCGAAAACACAGCUAGCACGCACAGAUCGACAUAGAUCGAAUUCCACAUCGUUCGGCCCUAGAGUGCGCAUGCGGGUAAAAAAUGACAAGGAAGAUGAACGAAGGUGGCGACACCGACCUCAACAACCAUGGGCGUCGCUAGCGCUAUGUGGUCCUAGCUAGUAACGCGGUGCUUCACGAGUUCUUAGGCACAGGCAGCGCAGCAUCGCCAUACAACCACCCAUGAGCAAUUGUACGGAUGAAGAUUGUCUUUUAAUAUCAAGAAGAGACAUUCACAUUUUCACAGAACAGCAAUCUCCUUGGUUAUUUCUAGCGUUACAGUCAGUGCAAGUGGCUACUAAUAUUCCGCCCGAAGCAUGACUCAGAAGCCAGCCUAACUAGACAUAAACUCCAAGGCUCUACUACCUUGGCUACUUCUUCAGCUUCUAACAGUAACGCCAAAUAGUCUCGACGAAAGAGGUUUGCUCACAGGUGAGACUGCUCUGCAAGCAGCGACUGCAGGCACCCGUCGGACCGAUCCUGUGUAUCGAUGUCUUACGUGGCGGAUGGAAAGUACUGAGACACAAGUAGGCCGCUUUACUGAUCUGAGGAUCUACCACAGCGAAGCCAGGUCCAGGUGCAUGCACUUAGACAUCAAACAGUAGCCGCAAAUAAAGAAGGUGCCUGCAGGUGCAGCGUCAAGCUUUCGUAUGCUCUAAUAUCUGUAGUACAGAUGCUUGAAAAUAAUACAACACCUAACUAAGCAACUUGCUGAGCCGCAGUGGCAAAGAACGAAUACUUCUCGUAAAGAUGUGGAAGCUGAUCAUCGAGGUCAAAUUUUUCACUCUCACGAAUAGAGGCAGAGGCUGUGGCACGAUGCCCACAGCCAGAGUGGAACUGCAGAAUCAUCCGGAAUCGUCACUAUUCACUCCCCCACUACAUAACAUCAAGGCGAAGGCUAGGAAGAUCGAGAAGUAGAAGAGACGUGACUAGUACAAUCCAAAUCUUUUUGAGCUUCUAUAGCCAGGAACACAGUCCUCCUUGAGAUUUGUGUUGGCUCCUCCGGUUUCGGUUUCCGCCCUAU